AUGGCGGCUUCGGGUGGAGGGAGACCCCCGGGGGGGCACGCGGCCGCCGUGCUGCGAUGUUACGACCUCCUGCGGGAGGAGAUCCAGGCUCUGCUGGCCGAAAACGAGGAGCUGGCCCGCAUCGUGGCCGCCGUCCGGCACCACAGCCGCUGCCCCCUCCUCACCUCCACCCCCCAGGAGCCCCCCGGCUCGUGGCCGUUCGGCAGCGCGGCGUGGAGCUCCGACGCUCAGCCCGGUGCCGACGGGACGUCGACGUGGCGCAGCGCUUCUGGCGGCGGCUCGUGGGCCGUGUUGAGGCCGCACAGCAGCUCUGACAUCGUGUCCGGGAGGGUGCCGGCACGCAGCGCCAAUGAGAGCGCCCCCGCCGCGCUCCCCGCGCCGCCCCCUGCGUUCCCCCCCCACGCACGAACUUCGUGCCCCCCCGAGUGGCUGCGCGGCGCCGCUUCCCCCCCGGCCUCCCCCGAUUCCCGCACUGCCGAUCCCGCCCCGCCGGCGGAGCAGCAGCAGCCGCUGGACCUGCGGCUGUCGGAGGUGCGGCGCCGGGAGCCCAGCAGGGAAGCGGACCUCGAUGCCGACCGGGAGCCGAGCGGAGAGCCGGAGCGCGACCCGAGCCCGGAUCCGAGCCGGGACCCGAACCGCGAUGCGGACCAGGACUCCUCGGAGGCGGCGUCGGGGCCCGGGCAGCGCGAGCGGCGGCAGUGGGAGCGCCUGGUGGGGGAGGUGGCCUUCCAGCUGGACCGGCGCAUCCUCGGCCACGUCUUCCCUGAGAGGACGCGGCUCUACGGCUUCACCGUCAGCAACAUCCCACAGAAGAUCCUGGGGUCGGUGCUCAACCCCUCGUCCAGCUCCUUCGAUGAGCGGCGCUGCGCCGCGCUCAGCCACCGCUACGUCACCCUGAUGGAGCGCCUGAAGGCGCUGGGAUACAACCCUGCCGUGCACCCCGCCUUGGCCGAGUCCUUGGUCAACACCUACGGCAUCCUCCGCGAGCUGCCCCAGCCCCCCGGCCCCCCGCCCGGCCCCGCUGUGCUGCGGCACGCCGUGGUGGCCGCGGUGCCCCCCGCGCUCCGGGCCGACGCGUUGGUGCUGCUCGAGUGCCUGCGGGAAUUGGCGCGGGAGGACGGCAAGCCUCUCUUCUUGGCCUGA